UGUACGCCCCCACCCCUCCUUGCCAGCGUCCUCUUCCCCGUUUUUGUUUCCCUAUAAAGCAGCUUCUAUGCAGUUUAUACAUUGCUACCAUAGCAAUGCUCCAUCAAAAGGUCUUGCCUUAUUCUUCUUCCUUUUCAUCAUACUACUCUGUGUUUUUAGGUCAUGGAAAAGCCUUCCCACAUCACAAGUAUUUGAGAUCUGGCUAUCAAGCAAUUUCCACGGAGAAGUCCUGGUCAUGCUUUUCCACAGCUUUCUUGAACUUUCUUUGAGUACUAACUCCGUCCUAAGGGAGAAAGAAAAAAAAAAACCAUUUGCUAGCACACCAUGGAAGCUCAAGAAAGCUGUGGGAAAACAUGAUGGCAAUUCAGGACUAGGUUUCUCCAACAAAAGAAGGAAGAAAAACGCUCUGUUCCUCUUUAUCUGCAAACAGACCAUGGUAAACAAGAUCCGGAUGCUUACUACAAGUGGGAACGAUGAGUUCAAUUGAUGCUUGCUUAUUAUCACUGUCUAGAUGAUGAGAAAGUACAGUUAGCAGCACCUGAAUUCAUCAAUUAUGCCCUAAAUUGGUGGACUCAACUUUCAGUGAACCAGUGUCAAAACCUUGAAUGUUUGAUCAACACAUGGGAUUAGAUGAAACAUGUCAUGACAAAACAAUUUGUGCCUUCUGUCUACCAUCAUUAGAAUCAUAAGAAACCUCAACGUCUCACACAAGGUACGAAAUAUAUUGAUGAAUAUUUUAAAGGGAUGGAAAUAUUAUUGAUAUUC